CUGAUUAUCGCACCCCGCUCCAAAUUGGUUUCCCGCCUUUGAACUCAGCCCAUCUUCUAAUCUUUGAUACCUACAUGUCGCUACAUGUAGUGCUGACUUUGAUCCGUAUCGUCGGAGUUCUUCCCUCGUGUUCUGCCGAUCAAAGUUCAAUCGUACAGGGAAAAGUCAGAUAAACGCACCUGGUCCUUGACGCUGCGCGCUAAGCCUUUGCAUGCUGCAGCAGACCAAGUACCACAGAUUUGAAGGCAUACGUAUAGGAGUCACUGAUAGAUGAGAUUGUUUACUACAUACCUACCUAUCUUGUGUUGCCUUGUUAUGAAACAUCAUUAUUCACUUUGUGCGCCUCCUCACCAUUCACACCAUUCACACGCUUCACACGUUUCACACGCAUUGCAAGCAUUGCAAGCAGUGCUCACCUUGGGGCUGUGGCAUAUCCUCUAGCAUAUCAUCCACGACCACAACCUACAAGAGACAUAUUUUUAAUCCUCUUCGAUUCCUCCGGGGACGCAAAUUAUCUAAAUAUUUUACCAAAUACACUUUUACUAGUUUGACUACUUGCAACCAUGUUCUCUCAGAAGAAACCAUACUCGGCUGUCACCGUGACCGUUGAGCGCCUCACUAGCGAGCAGUUUGAAGAAGACGAUCUUAGUGGGAUCCCCGACCUGGUAGAGGUUAUCAAACUUCAAGCAUCUGGCCCCGCAGAAGCUGCUCGUGCCUUGAGAAAAAAGCUGAAGUACGGUAGUGUCCACAGGCAGCUUAGAGCUCUUGUGCUUCUUGAUGGCUUAAUUCAGAAUGCUGGUCCGCGUUUUCAGCGGACCUUUAUAGAUGAGCCGUUGCUUGAGCGCUUGAGAGUUUGCGGCACUUCGGACCUGUCUGACCCCGAUGUCAAGAAGAAAUGUUCUGAGCUGUUCAGAGGCUGGGCUACAGAGUAUAAGAAUACACCAGGUCUCGAAAGAGUCGCCAUGUUAUAUAAGGAACUCCCGCGGCGUAAACAAGUUGUCACUCAAGCGAAAUCCAAGGUCUUGCGUGAAACGGAGCAAGACCCCUUCCGUGAUUCCGAGGACGAAGCCGAGCAGACCCCAGCCUCCCCAACUUCCCCAUCUCAGGCUUCGUCCUCGCGACAACCCGUUGCCUUUCCCCAGCCCAGCCAAACUGUACAGUCAUUCAGCCAUGUCAAAUCAUCCUCUGGCUCUGGCUCUGGUUCUGGCUCCUUUUUCUCUAGUUCCGCCAAGGACAAGGAUAAGGACAAGAAGAAGAAGGACAAGGAAAGAAGUAAGAGAAAGCACAAGCCUUUCAACCUCGAAGCAGAAAAGGACACUAUGAAAGUCGCAAUCGCCGAGUCCUCCCUCGCUGCCACUAACUUAACCAAUGCUCUCCAAAGCAUAAACCGAGAACGCGAAAGGAUCUCAGAAAAUCCCUCAGCUGUAGAGCGAUUCGAGACUUGCAAAAAGCUCCGAAGAAAAAUAUUACGCUACAUUCAUCAUGUUGAAGAUGAGCAGUGGCUUGGUGGUCUUCUCCAUGCCAACGAUGAGCUCGUAGUUGCCCUUAUGACUUAUGAGCAACUAGAUCGUUCUAUCGACGCCGAUAGCGACUCGGAGGACGAACUAGCUGAACAAGCGCAUCUUUAUAGGAUGGCGGCCGAGAAGAACAAACAGGCAAUGUCGCCGACAAGCCCGUCUAGCCCUGUGUCGGAAAUGGCCCAACUCAGUAUAAACACAAGCCCUCCCCCUAGACCGAUGCCGCCUCCGCGGCCAUCUGCCGCAUCCAAGCCAGUGAUAGCUCCUCGCCAACCUUCCCCUCCAGACUCGGAUGAAGAUGACUACGCAGACGAAGAUGAGAACGAUCCCUUCGCUGAUAGAAAUGAACUUGGGACGCCUAGGGUAGAAGGGGACGAGCCUAAGUGGUAGAUCCUCUCUUGCUCGAUGUGGAUUGACGCGGUGGUUUUCAUGAGGGGGUUUCAUAAUGUAUCAGCCAACUACGAGAUACCUUUCCCAAGUCGAAUAUUAACCCAACGCAUUGGUUUUUAUCUCUUGUAUACCCUAGAGUCUCAAGAGUUCUAGUGCUUUUUAUCAAUGAUCACUCAAUAAAUUGUAACCAACUAAAGGGGAACUGUUGAACAGCUCGCCCAGUAUGAGAUUCCUCACAUAUAAUUCCCUUCAUUCUCAUUCUCCUUCCUGUCUGCCUUAGAGUACCAUUAUAUUCAUCUUACAUCAAUAACUAGGUAAACUACCUUUAGCUAUAGUUACCCUCUUAUGUCUGUAUCUCUCCCCAAGUAGUCAUAUUUCCAUGACAAAGUCUAGCUUUGGCUACAUAACCCCAGCCGAUAACUACUAUUCUGGCAUAAGUAUAAUCCUUCCACCGCUUAAAUAUUAUAUGCUAUGUAAAUUUCUUUCAUCC